CUUAAUAAUCGGUUGUAUAGUUUUGAGUGACUAUAAUAGCUGAUAAGAUAAUGAAACAAUGGACAUUAUUUAUAUACAUUGUCCUUCCUCCUACAUCAUAUUACUAACGAAGUAAAGAUAUUUUUUAUAAUACUUAUUACAGAAAUACGUAUCAGUGUUCAAAAACCAGAUAUCUGGAGUUACACGGAGUUUGUAGGAGCAGCGUUCAUAAGAAGUAAUAUAUUCGACGGUAACUUUUAGAAGGGGAAGCAAAUCAAAUACAAACAAUGGCAGAUACAAAAACUGAUGCAGACGUUGACACGACUACCAGCAUCAUGGAUAGCCUUUUAAAAGAACAGGAGUUUAGUAAAUUAAGACAAAAAAUUAAACAUGAAAAAGGCACAGCUCAGGAUUCAAAUGAAAAGGAAAGACAGUCGUCAUUGGAUACACCCGAUCCAUCAAUAUUAAGCACAAGUAAAAAGCGAGAAAAAUUAGAGCAUUUUUGGAAACAAGACUCGAGACAAAGAAGGCGUAGAAGAAAGCAGCUAACUAAAAGCGAUGUUCGUAACGAAACUGCAAGAAUACUUGAGGAGUUUCUACAAAACCAACUGAGGCAACAGGAUGUGCAGACAUCGCAUAAAUACCAGAGAGUGGUGGAAGUCGAUGUUACAGAGACAACUACACCAAGUGGUGGAAGUUCUGGGUAUAUGGCAUCAAAGAGUAGUUUAUUGCGCGAAGACUCUAUUCCUUUUGCUGAUGAAAGCGAUACUGAAUUAAAGAGAGCAGAAAGUCUACCACAUGAUGAAAUUGCUAACAUUGAAAGUAUGUAUGCUGGUAAAAUACGAAAUAAAGUUUCAAUUAAACAUGAGAAAUCCAAAUCUGCACCGUAUGCAGGUACAGAGGAUGAUUAUGUUAAUUUUGGGGAUAGGUACGGUAAAAAGGUUCGCCCUACCCCACCCCCGCCUCCCGGCACGCCCCACACACCUUCAGAAAAGGGCUCAAAUAGAAGCUCUAAAGAGGACGUUUAUGUGUAUCAAUCAGUGCCUUACACUGGAGAAAGGACAUCAGAAAAAUCACGUGCAGGAAGUCAUAAAUCUAAUGAAGGUUUGAAAGAACACGUUACAGCGUUCUUUGGAGCCAGGGAAGAUGAAAGAUCUACAGAAGAGUCAAAGCCAGAUUCUAUAUUUAGCUCCUAUACUUCUAGUACAGAUAAUAAUCUAGAUUCUAGCAACCUUAAAAAAGAAUCAAAAAGUGACUCCAGUCAUAAACAUGGUCCCGAUUCAGUUACCAGUCUAAUACAUAGAGGUGACAAAGUAGACAAACUUCCUUUUUCUCAAAGUCAAUCUAAUGACCCAUCGUCUGAUUCCAGCAACCAGCCUGUGGUUCGACCGAAAAAAUUCAAAAACAGAAAACCUACAUCCUUGUCCCUAAGACACAAAGACUGCUCGGAUAGUGAUACGGACAGUGUUAAAAAGCCUGAUGCCCAUGGUCGAAAGAAAAAGUCGAUGUUUAAAAAAGCAAGACACCAAAUUUCAACUAUUUUAAGGUUGAAAAAACCAAAGGCCAGUCCUGAUGAAUUGGAGAAUGACGAAGUUGACCAUUCUCCAAAACAGAAGCAUCGAAGGCAAAUGGAGGAAAAAGAUGCAGAUGAUGACAGAGCUGAAGAUGAGGCUGAUAUGUUCGAAUCAGACGGUUUUGAUGUCCAUGAGUUUGCCGGUAACAAUGUUAUGGAAGAGCGACACAUACAUACUGACAAACACAUACACCAGACACAUUCCGGAAAGGAUCGUAAAACCGUGUUGAGAACUGAAAACACGAUGGAAAGCAUUGAUGUCAUCGAUCACCAGGAUCCUUCUAAAAAUCGGCACUAUGAUGCUCAUUUGCGUGUUCGGGAAAGUUCACACGGGGGAUUCAUGGGACGAUUACGAAGUCUGACCUCGAGAAAUAAAGUGAAAGGUUCGAAGUCACAGCAGUUCCCACAUAGCAACAACGACAAUGAUGGACCACAUGGUGACUACAGUCAGAUGGUAUCAUUACCAGGCACAAGUGGCGGUUAUAAUCCAGAAGAGAACAGAAUUAACACUUACGAGGGCGGAUUUUCAACUACGAACAUAAGACGAAGGCAGCCAGGAGCGGGUAUAAGCGAAAUACAUACAACACAGGUGACAGCAGAAGACGAGAUAAAACGCCAUUCCAGCCAUCUUGAUAUCAUAGAUCCAGAGGGCAAUAUGAUUGAUCGAAUUUACUAUGAUACGACAGAAGAUGAUGUUUUACCAAGGAACAAAUCGUUCGACUACAGAAAACAAAUGGAAAUCACUGAGCGUCGUUUCCGAGGGCAGAAUGGAGAUCGAUUGGUGCGGGACUGUGACACACAUAGCCACAUGGACAUGGACUUGGAUACCGAUGGACCAGUUCCAGAGGGUCCAGACAUAAGUGUUGAGAUGGAAGAUGAUGAAGACCUGUACGGCAAGAUCGCAGAACGUCUCGCCCACAUCGGUGACAAUUUUUUAAUUGAACGGGACAUCAAAAGUCCGUGCGUAAGCCCACGAAGAAAGCCCUCUCCUGAGGAAGAGCAGAAAAUGGUCUCCGAGUCAGAUACCAUGGAAAAGUCCACCCUGACACCCUUAGAGCAGGAGAUUCGAGAUGAACUCCGGGCCUUUGCUGAUAGAUUAGAUGAUGGGAUGGCCUCUAAUGCACGCCAAGCAGCUAUACGCAUCUCUGGGAUUGUAACCUACAAACAUUUCCAAGAUGUGAUCGAAGACACGGUGGGUAAGGAAGAUGGCUGGGCGCAGAUUGCGGCUGUGUUCAGAUUCACGAAAACCGCCAUCCAAGCGGCGGGCGCUGGUGGUUCUCUGGCAUUGUCAAUUAAAGAGAACAGUCUACGCUUCAUAGAAGAUCGAUUUGCCGAUUGGAUUGUUGGCCAAGGGGGCUGGGACAGCAUGCUAUCAGACGAUGAAUCUGAUGUAGACUCAGAACUCGACUGAAGUAUGUCUCCAAAUUGUCAAAAGUUAGGGGGCAUUGCUCUGUUCCAGUGAUACCAUGCAACAUACCAGACAUUGCUACCUGCUAUGAUCAGCAUUGUAGGGUUGUUCAGAAGGCAAUAUGACAGAAUCAUGUGGUCAUAUUGAAAAUAACCUGGUGAUAUUGUGAAAUGCCAUUGUUAUGAUAAUGUUUUAUCGGAGUGGAUUUCAAUUUGACAUGGGACAGGAUUUUGACUUAUGUGUGAAAAAAUAGGCACCAAUGGCCAAAUCCAGAAAGUAAGUCUUGGAGCUUCAAAGGCAAUCUGCAAAUAACAGGAUUGCCAAAUGAUAGUCAGUUGAAUCUGAGGCUGGUUUGAUAAAGUCUAUAUCAAUGAUGAGAAAUUAUUUUCCCGCCUUAACUCUUUAAUCUCAUUAGACAGCAAUAAUAACAAUCAUAUAUAUACAUAUUAAUUUUUGUCACAGAGAUGAGAACAUUGUGGCCAUCUGAUCAACGAGCAUUUAACAAAAUAUCGUAUCAUUGAGACUUCAGUUUCAUGUGAAGUGAGUGUCAGAAACUUACUGAAAAGUUUUACUUUCGAAAUGUUUUAAACAUUGUCCAAUGAAGCUAUUAUAUGUAUUUGAAAUAGAUAUUCUAAUUACUCAGAAAUGUCAAAUCGAAAAUUUAAAUGUACAAUACGCUUGUUGAUAAAAUGGGACCAUUACGCACAACAUAUACUGUGAAUGUUGGAAUUGUUCGUAAAGUUGUUCUAGAUAAGUACUUGCAAAAUCUAUGUGGGCCGAUGGUUCAAAACUGUCGAUGUCAACAAUGAUGUAAAUGAAAUUGUUUGUAACUUUUAAAGGUGAAAUAUUUAUGAUGUACAAAUAUAUUUAAGUAAAAGAACCCAUACUUUAAACAGUUGUCUCAAUAAUUGUGAAAAGUACUGCAGAUCACAUGCUUGUCCAUGAAACUUUCAGAUUAUUUGAAAGAUUUGAAAGUUAACAACAAACCAGUUAACAACGUUGUUAACUUUAACAAUGUUCUGAACAAUCGGCUCAGUAUUUCACUAUGCUUAUAAGUAGAAGCCAUAAAAGCUUGUUCUUCCUUGCCUUAUAUGUCACCAUUAUAUUUACUGAUGAAGAGAUUAUACAUGUACAUGUCCUAACAUAAAGUGUGUUCAUUUACGUGCCAUAAUGUUUAUUAUCUCAACAUUUCGACAGCUCAGCUCUGUACAGUCCUAUCUCCAUAAAAACAUCCGUUGCGACUGACCCGUGCUUUGGGCUAUUCCAGUGGAGGGUGGGGGGUGGAGGCAAUUAUUUGAAAAGUAUAUGGAUGGGUGUCUUUUUUCACUUAUUUGGACCCCAAAAGGGUAAAUUUGCUUCUGUAGGGGGGUAGCAUAAUAUAAAAGUGCCUCUCCCCGGGGGUUAUAUGUUUAAAUGGAAUAGCCCUUAGCCAUCAAUAUGUAAUAUUCCAAUGUUGCAGCAUGAAUUAGAUAAGACAUCAUAAGUGAUACUUUUAGUCACCUGAAAAAUCAACAAUAGCAGCAAAUAUGAAAUUUGUCGGUUUUUGUCAUGAUGUUUUAUUUGGCUCAGUGUUGUAGUUAUAGUUAGCAUGGUCAGAGUGUAAUCAUUUCAGUCAGGCAAAAUUUAUGUGGGAUGGUCUAUGACAAUAUUACUCGUAGUGUUUUUUUUAUUAUACAAAAUUUGAUACAUGUGUUUACAAUAACAAUAUAUACAUAAGGGAACACCAAAUUGAUGUUUCGUAAGAGUGAUUUACCAAAUUUUUCUAAGAAAAUUGAGUCUGAACAAUGUCAUAUUUUCACACAAAUGAAUGCCAAAAGACGCUUUUUUGUGUAAAUAAUGUCACAUCAACGCAAAAUGUAUGUGAAUGGAGCGAACAGUGAUAUAUAGUGACCUCUCCUUCAAAUAACACAAAAAACAAACAGAAAAAAGAAGCUUAUUAUUCAAGAUAACCUUUGAAAAUAUGAUUUGGCCUUUGUCUGCUCUUGUGUUUUAGCUAAAUGAAAACAAAAUAUUUUUAUGCUCAAAUUUCUUUCGACAAAAAACUGUGAAACAAAACAUUUGUUUGGUGUGUCAUAAUGUGAACAUGUAUACAUGCUUUACUUUGGAUUAACAUAUAUGUUUUUCUUUUAUUUUUGCUCAAUUCAAUUUCAUUUGAAAAGGUGUUUCAAAUUGAAGGAUUUGGAUGGGUGUUUAUUUUCUUUUGAAAGUUAUUGUGUUGACUGCUGUUUUGUUAUAUUGCUCAUAUUUUAUUGUUGCCUUCCUUGCUUUUAUUCAUUUUUAUCGUGAAAAAAGUGCAAUUGAUAUGUUUUGCUAUGUGUAAUAUAUAAUAGUUUUACAUUGUUUGAUCAAACAACUGUGAUUUAAUCAUGCUGUAGAAUAUAGCAUUAUCUCUUUGGAGUGAAAGUUAAUUAUUUUUAAAUGUUAUAUGUAAAUUUACAAGUUUGUACAAUUGAUCGAUUGCUUGAUGUAAUGUGUUUUAGGAAGUGCUAGAUAUACUUUAAAACUGCCUAGGUCCGUUUCUUUAAACAAUAUUAGUCAUAAAUGCAAAAAUGGCACAGAUGGGAACUAAUUAAACAGAUUUGUUUCCUUGUCUUUCAACUUUAAUACUGGGACAGUGCUUGUCUUUCAACUUCAAAACUGGCUCAGUGCUGGUCUGUUCAACUUGAAUACUGGCUCAGUGCUUGUCUUUCAACUUCAAAACUGGCUCAGUGCUGGUCUGUUCAACUUGAAUACUGGCUCAGUGCUUGUCUUUCAACUUCAAAACUGACUCAGUGCUGGUCUGUUCAACUUGAAUACUGGCUCAGUGCUUGUCUGUUCAACUUGAAUACUGACUCAGUGCUUGUCUGUUCAACUUGAAUACUGGCUCAGUGCUUGUCUGUUCAACUUGAAUACUGGCUCAGUGCUUGUCAUUCAAUUUGAAUACUGGCUCAGUGCUGGUCUGUCCAACCUGAAUAAUGCCUCAGUGCUUGUCUGUUCAACUUGAAUACUGGCUCAGUGCUUGUCAUUCAAUUUGAAUACUGGCUCAGUGCUGGUCUGUCCAACUUGAAUAAUGCCUCAGUGCUUGUCUGGUCAACUUGAAUACUGACUCAGUGCUUGUCUGUUCAAUUUGAACACUGGCUCAGUGCUUGUCAUUCAACUUGAAUAAUUGCUCAGUGCUUGUCUGUUCAACUUGAGUACUGGCUCAGCGUUUGUCUUUUCAACUUGAAUAAUGGCUCAGUGCUUGUCUGUUCAACUUGAGUACUGGCUCAGCGCGUGUCUGUUCACCUUGAAUACUGGCUCAGUGCUUGUCUGUUCAACUUGAGUACUGGCUCAGCGCGUGUCUGUUCAACUUGAAUACUGGCUCAGUGCUUGUCUGUUCAACUUGAAUACUGGCUCAGUGCUUGUCUGUUCGACUUGAAUACUGGCUGCAGCUCUUACAAAUACAUAGCAACAUUGGCACCUAAAUCAUUUGACUUUACAAUUAUUUUUAAGAACUUAGAUAAAACGGGACCCUGGGUAUUGUUCAUUGUCUUGUUAUAGUACAAAAGUGAACUGGAUAAAUCCAAUUUUUUGUAAAAUGUUGUUGCAUACCUCUAUUGUUGCAGUCAUGUGGACGGCUAUGUAGUUAAACUUUUUGGGGCUUUGUCGGUUUCGUGGCUACUAAAUAACAAAGUGUAACACAGACUAUUUGGGGUCAUGUGAUCAAAAUUUUUAGGAGUAGUUUGCAUGUGUACAGUAUAUUGUUAAAAAAUCGAGUAAAUGCAGUUUUUUUAUGGUAAUGCUGAUGGAAGAUCAACAAAUCUUGCUCCAAUUUUCUUAAACAUCUUUAGUCUCUUGACACAAGGUGAAGCUAAGCUCACUGUAUAAAUUGUGUAAUUUGUGAAAGAGUUUUGCGAUUUUAAAAUUAUUAUAAUAAAAUGUUUGUUUUUGCAGAAAAUCAAGUUUAAGCAAGUAAUUUAGCUACUAGUGUAUGAAAUAAGAUACUUUAACCUGUUACGCUUAGAAUGUGCCAAGAAAUUGGGAUCUAUGACCGUUACACUUUUUGUCCAGAUCGGAUAUACAGUACAGCUGGGUCAAUAUUCAUAAAAUUUAUCUUAAGUCAUUUUCGUGGCCAUUAGAUCUAAUUUCUUAAUAAUUUCUGAAAUAAAAUUAUAGAUGUCUUAAGAAUAAUGGCUAGACUCGUAUGAAUAUAUGUUUUAAAGGUCCAGUGAUAUUUUCUUAUAUUUUUUGUUAAAAUAAUAUUCUUCUGCUUUUAACAAACUGUUUUCCGAGCAAGAGAGUGUGUGUGUUUUCCGAAAUAAUUUCAUAAUUGAAAGAAACACUCAGCCUCUAUAGAUAACGGUAUCGGAACUCUUAUUUGUUAAAUUUCUUAAUGUCACAUUUACAUAUACUUUCGAAUUCCAAUAAACGUUAUCUGAAGUUACCAUUAACCAAUUUCAAAAUUUAUUGUACAAAGGCUUCUGGUCCUUAUAACUGUAUGAUACAUUCUGAAAAUGCACUUGAUUUUAUUCAUGAUAUUUUAUACGUCAAUCAGAUAUUGUUUUUUUUCGAUUUUUAGCUCGACUAUUCGAAGAAUAAGGAGAGCUAUACUACUCACCCUGGCGUCGGAGUUGGCGUCACACCUUGGUUCAGGUUUUGCAUGUAAGCACCUUUAAGUCAUUAUCUCAGUAAAUACAUCAGUUAUUGCAUUGAAACUUUGGAUAUGUAUUCCCAACUAUCUUACAUACUAAAUUAAUGAAGUUAUAUAACAAUUAUUUGAAUAUAAUGCAAAUAAUAGGCCUUUACUAUUCGACUUAGAAAUUCUGGUUAAGGUUUUGCGUGUAAGCACACAUAGGUUAAUAUCUCAGCAACUGCUUGAGGUAUUGCAUUGAUACUUGAUACAAUGGUACUCAACCAUCCAACCUAAUAAAUUAACCAAGUUAGAUAACUCUAGUUUGCAUUUAAUGCAAAUAAUUGCCCUUUAUUAUUUGACUUAGAAAUUCUGGUUAAGGUUUUGCAUGUAAGCACACAUAGGUUAAUAUCUCAGCAACUACUUGAGGUAUUGCAUUGAGACUUUAUACAAUGGUAGUCAACCAUCCAACCUACUUAAUUAACCAAGUUAGAUAACUCUAGUUUGUAUUUAUUGCAAAAUAAUUGCCCAUUAUUAUCCGACUUUGAAAUUCAGGUUAAGGUUUUGCAUGUAACCACAUUCAAGUCAAUAUCUCAGCAAAUAUAUCAUGUAUUGCAUUGAAACAUUACAUAUUAAUUCCCAGAUAACACUUUUUUUUAAUACAAUGCAAAUUAUGGGCCUUUAUUAUUUGACUUAGAAAUUCUGGUUAAGGUUUUGCAUGUAAGCACACAUAGGUUAAUAUCUCAGCAAUUACUUGAUGGAUUGCAUUGAGACUUUAAACAAUGGUACUCAACCAUCCAAUCUACUUAAAUGACCAAGUAAGAUAACUCCAGUUUGCAUUGAAUUAAAAGAAUGGCCCCUUUUUUAUUCGACAUAGAACUUCUGGUUAAGGUUUUGCAUGUAACCACUUUUAAGUCAAUACCUCAGCGAAUACAUCAUGUAUUGCAAUGAAACUUUACACACAGGCUCCCAUCUAUUUAACCUUCUUAUUUAAUCAAGUAAGAUAACUCUAUCUUUUAUAAUAUAUAAUUUUUGCCCCUUUAGUAUGCGACUUAGAAAUUCUGGUUAAGGUCUUGCAUGUUAGCACACAUAGGAUAAUAUCUCAGCAACUUUUUGAUGUAUUGCAUUGAGACUUUAUACAAUGGUAUUCAACCACCCAACUUAAUUGAAUAACUAAGUUAGAUAACUAUUUUGCAAAUAAUGGCCCUUUAUUAUUAGACUUGGAAAUUCUUGUUAAAAUUUUGCAUGGAACCAAAUUUAUGUUAAUAUCUCAGCACACCAUGUAUUGCAUUGAAAUCUAAUCUAACAGUGGUCCAUGCAUGUUUCGCCAAAACUUUUCAAUCCUUACAUUGAAAAGCGGCGGAAUAGUCGAGCGCGCUGUCUCUGUGACAGCUCUUGUUAUAAGCAACGUUUUAUUAUUUGUAUUUGAAUUGAGAAAACUUAAGUUAGAUUUUUGUAUGUAAAAAAGUAAUAGAACAAACUGUUUUUGAAACUUGUUUUUUUUUUCUUAUAUUCAACUUUAAAUGCACAGAUAUGAUCUCAUUAUCUUGUAUAUACAUUUGUAGUGUGGUUUAAAUCAAAGACAUUGUACACUGAAUCUGAUCAUUAUUAUCACCGUUGCUUUUUGUAAAAAAAAUAAUAAAACUACAAGAACAAGACCAGUAGCUACACGCAUCACAGUGUAAAAUAGACAUACUCAGGCCCUGAACGAGAGACACACGUCACAAUAUUUAAUAGACUUAACAGGCACUGAACGAAGGCCAACGUCACAAUGUGAAAAUAGAUCUAACGGGCACUAAACGAGAGGCACACGUCACAGUGUAAAAAUAGACAUAAAAGGCACUGAACGAGAGACACACGUCACAAUGUAAAAAUAGAACCAACAGACCCUCAACAAGAGACACACCUCACCAAGUAAACAAAAGGUAUAACAGACCUCAACAAAACACAAAAGACUGAAUAAAAUAACAACAUACAUACACAUUGUGCUUGUACUAUGUCAUUGACGAUAUUUUGUAUUUUGUUAUGGUUGUCGUCUUUCGUUAAGUGUGUAAUGGACCUCUGAACACGGUCUUUGUUAAAUGGUAGCUUUCUGAGCUUGUUUGUUUUAUGAUUAUUUUCUUGACUUCUCAAAUUCUUAUAAGAUACGAAACAUUCCACAAAGUGGUAUUUGUACUUUUUCCUACAUAGUCAAAGACAAUAAAUAUUAUUAAA